AUUUCAGGAUGUUUGUUAGCAUUAGACGCCAUCAAACCAUGAAAGCUGGACGUUAAUCUCACCAGUGGACUGCAUCCUGACACUACCCCCGCCCCCCCAAAAAAGAAAAAACCAUUCUGAACACCACACACUCCUCUCUUUUUGUAUCAGCCUUGGGCUGAUCCUAGAUCACUUUUCCAGACAUAUCUUCCUACUCCUCCUAUAUUUUAUGCUGCAAUUAAAGAACUGUGAUUUCCCAGGCAUCCCUGGCUUUCCUCUUCUCUGCAUCUUUCCUCAGGCUCAAAGGCUAGAAUGCCAUCCCGUGCUUCCCCACCUCUUACCACAUCCACAGACCCCGUCAGCAUCUUCCUCAUCUUUUACGGCCCCAUCCAGAGGAUCCUUUGAAGAUCUGUGAAGGAAGGGGCUGUUUUACCUAACUUUUUCAUCCCCUUUAUGCUGACCACUGUGCCCUGCCUAGUGCUCAGUCAAGUUGGGCAGCCCAUUCCAGGCCUUAGGAGAAAAUCCACUUCGCAGCCAAAAUUGGUCCCAGUUCCUUCCAGAAGAAAGGGAAGACUUAUGACGUCCCUGGCGAGUUGGCACCUAUGACAUCCUGGAAGGUGUCCUUGCUUAUUUCCCUCGGGCCGUGAAGGGCUUCGGGUCCAGUUCACAGCUUCGCUGGACGCCCGCAGUGCGCCUCUUAUGCACUCCAGCACCCCCAUCAGCUCCCUCUUCUCCUUCACCAGCCCCGCAGUGAAGAGACUGCUCGGCUGGAAGCAAGGAGAUGAAGAGGAAAAGUGGGCGGAGAAGGCGGUGGACUCUUUAGUGAAGAAGUUAAAGAAAAAGAAAGGAGCCAUGGACGAGCUGGAGAGGGCCCUCAGCUGCCCAGGGCAGCCCAGCAAGUGCGUGACGAUUCCCCGCUCCCUGGACGGGCGGCUGCAGGUCUCCCACCGCAAGGGUCUGCCCCACGUCAUUUACUGCCGAGUGUGGCGUUGGCCCGAUCUCCAGUCUCACCAUGAGUUGAAGCCCCUGGAGUGCUGUGAGUUCCCGUUUGGCUCCAAGCAGAAAGAGGUGUGCAUUAACCCCUACCACUAUCGCCGAGUGGAGACGCCAGUGCUGCCUCCCGUGCUGGUGCCCAGACACAGCGAGUACAACCCGCAGCUCAGCCUCCUGGCCAAGUUCCGCAGCGCAUCCCUGCACAGCGAGCCGCUCAUGCCGCACAACGCCACCUACCCCGACUCCUUCCAGCAGCCUCCGUGCCCCGCCUUCCCGUCGUCGCCGGGACCCCCGUUCCCGCCAUCCCCUUGCACUGGCGGCUACCCUCCCUCCCCGGAAAGUCCUUCGGAGCCGGAGAGCCCCUUCCAGCACUCAGAUUUCCGGCCCGUUUGCUACGAGGAGCCACAGCACUGGUGCUCCGUCGCCUACUAUGAACUGAACAACCGUGUCGGGGAGACGUUCCAGGCUUCCUCCCGCAGUGUGCUCAUCGACGGGUUCACAGACCCCUCAAAUAACAGGAACAGGUUCUGUCUCGGACUCCUUUCUAAUGUGAACCGAAACUCAACGAUAGAAAAUACCAGAAGACACAUAGGAAAGGGCGUGCAUCUCUACUACGUCGGGGGAGAGGUCUACGCAGAGUGUGUGAGUGACAGCAGCAUCUUUGUGCAGAGCCGGAACUGCAACUACCAGCACGGCUUCCACCCGGCCACCGUCUGCAAGAUCCCCAGCGGCUGUAGCCUCAAGAUCUUCAACAACCAGCUGUUUGCCCAGCUGCUCGCUCAGUCCGUCCACCAUGGCUUUGAGGUCGUGUAUGAGCUGACUAAGAUGUGCACCAUCCGGAUGAGUUUUGUCAAGGGUUGGGGAGCUGAAUAUCACCGCCAGGAUGUCACGAGCACCCCCUGCUGGAUUGAGAUUCACCUUCAUGGACCACUGCAGUGGUUGGACAAAGUUCUGACUCAAAUGGGCUCCCCACACAACCCGAUUUCUUCAGUGUCUUAACAGUCGUGUUUUAAUCCACAUUUCUGUAGAUUAGAUGCUGUUGCAGGCAGUGGCUUAUGUCAUUUCAGAUUUGCAGCUAACUGAAGUUUCUAAGUACAUGUAUAAAUCCAUAUAAUAUAUGCUAUUCAUAUUUUGUAUCACUUCGUUUUGUGCUGUCUAGUUAGCCUGAUGCCAAGUACAGUGCAAUUAGAAGAGCGGGUUUUUUGCACCCGUGCUCUAAUAAGCAGCAGCUGCUUUUGUGGGAGGAAAGAAAUGAGAGGCAACUCUAUGGAGAGUAUUUGAAGGGUGUUGGCAGAAUAAAGGCAGCUUUCAUCCGCCAUGUCCUAUAAGGCAUGUUGUGUGACCAAUCCGGAAAAAAAAAAAAAUUAAAACUGUUCAUGUAGCAAAAAUCAGGUACUGGCAAGCACUAGAGCAAAUAGCACUUGAACACAAAACAAAGCUAUCAAACCCAUACAAUUCAAAUAACCUCACUUUCAGUGUGACUGGCCAAACAAACAAACAAACAAAAAAAAAAUUCAAGCUUUUGAAGUCAGUUAUGUAAGAUAAGUCGCAUAAGCUUUAUUUCUGAGGUUGAAAUACCUGUAGCUGGACUAUUGUGAUGAUGUGAACGGUACAUUUUAGACAGCUUUAAACUGUGAUUGGGAAAGAAAGAAACUGUGAAGCUGAGAGUCAUAUUGCCUCCUUAUCUACCACUGUAAAAAAACAAAAAAGAGUGAGUCCAAUUUGGGAAGAUAUAUAUGAAAAUAGCAUGAAGUGAGCUAUAUCCCCCAGUUUGCAAAAUAAGACCAGAACUUGGUCCCAGAAUCACCCACAGAGACGCCUGCUUUCCACGUAGGAAAUUGGAUUCCUUUUUUCCCAGUUAUUCAUGUCAGACAGCUCUGCAGAGUUUUGAGUCUGCAUGGUGAGCCUUCUGGCCAUGUGCAUAAGUCCUGGAUGCAAACGAAGCAGGUGAAAUAGGAGCGUUGGAGGAAAGCCCCCUGGGUUCACUUACGCCUUCUCCCAUUCCCAUGUUCAAAGUCUCUGGGCAAGGGUACUCCUUUUGCCACAUUUUCCUCACGUGUUGGCAAGUAUUAACUAUUCACAGAGGUACUGAAACAAUGGUGAAGCCUUUGAAAGAUCUGGACACACUGCUGGGAUCAAAUUUUUGAGUUAUUUAACUUCGUGUCUCUACGGAUUAAAUGAUCUGCUGGUCACAGGUGGGUAGCUUCUUAUAAAGCUAAAAGCCUCAUGCCUGGAAAUAACUUCCCCAAAUAAGGUAAUAACUAUAAUCCCUCUCAUUUUUGGGGAACAGUGGUACUGAAUAAUAGGACAUUAAAAAAAAAAUAUAUAUAUAUAUAUAUACACACACAUUACGAAAAACCUGUUCUUAUCUACCCUUGGAUGAUAAAGAGAGGAAAAUUCCCCAAAUUUCUAGGUACUUUGAUAUAUAUAAUUACCACCCACUAAACACUGCACUGCUUGGAAAAAUAUUUCACACCCUCUUAAAAAUGUAUAAUUUAAGAAGGUAAUUAUGCUUGUAACAGACGGUACUUCAGUGAUCCGAGAAGUUUCUUCAUUUAUACAUUCUGUCUCUGCUCUUUCUAGCCUUUGUGCACACAGUAGUUGUUUCUCUUUAAAUUGUACUCAAGGUAGGAAUGAUCAUGUGAAAAAGAUGUACGUGUGAGCUACUACUGUCACCUCGUGUAAUGACUAGAGUUAUCUAAUAGGAACUUUCAUAUAAAUAAAUAGAAAAUAUUAACCUUUUA